AUGGUCCUGUGGAAUGAAGCGUUGGACAAACUCUGGUUGAACGAGCUCAUACGCCAAGUCGGCCAAGUUGGGAAGCGAGCAAACAGCGGGUAUAAGAAAGAGGCAUGGAAGGCAGCUCUGCACGCACUCAAUGAAGGAUCUGAAGUCAAGUUCACGCAAGCACAACUUCGAUCCCGUCACGACAUGAUGAAAAAGGCAUUUCGUGUUGUUUCCAGUAUGUGUGAAGCGUCUGGAAUGGGCUUCGAAGCAACAACGUGCCAGAUCGUUGCCUCAGAGGCCACGUGGGAAUCAUAUCUUCGCGGCAAGUCGAAUGAAGUGAAGAAGUGGAAGGGAAAACCAUUUCCAUGCUACUUCUUGUGCCAUGCACUGUUCAAAGGCACUCUCUCUACUGGUGCGUUUGCAUUUUCGACUGCCCCAGAACCUCCAACAACGCAGCCACUACCCUCGUCCCCAAGUCCGAGUCACAUGGUCAAGUGGCUGAUUCAGAAGAUGCACAAGUCGAUUUGCAAGGUGCAGCUGUUGUGGAUGCUCCAUUAG